AUGCCCAGCCUCGAGCGCUUGCUGCAGACAACGACCGAUGACAUUGAGGCCGUCGAGGUGCACCUCGCGCGCAUGGACAUGGCCGAGAUCGAGGGUCUCGUGCGCGGCCUGCCUCGCCACGAGCACGACGACGCCGCCAUGGCCUUUGUCCGCCUCGUACUCGGCUGUCCGAUCGAGGGCCAGUCCCUGGCCUUGGCAGCGUACGAACAGGCGUUGCACUACAAGUGGGUCAACGAGCUCUCGAUGGUGUUCAUGGUCCUCGUGGACGAGCUGCGGGACGAUAAAGACACGACGUUCAGCGUCAUGAGCGAGAUCCAAAGCGUGCUCCAAGCCAUCGUCGCCUUGCUGCAUGCUGCGCUGACCAAUUUUUCGGCCGUCGACGUGAGGAGCUUCCAGUCGAUCCUCGACAGCGUGCCGUACCUCGUCUCGCUCCUGCCACCGUCGUCCGACACCUCCCACCUCGUGGAACAGCUGCUUCAAUUACCGUGGGCUGCACCGACCUUGCACCUCGUGCUGGGCUUUGCCCGCGGCUGCACGUUUCUGACUCGCGCACACCACCACACACUGCAGGCGCUUGUGCGAGCGACGAUGCCCUCUCUCUCGUCCCAGCUCGCCUUUGGCUUCUGGGACGACUCGAUCCGGGCGUGCUACGAGCUCAGUGACGCGCACGACGACCAGUCGUGGAUUCAACUGUCUCGCGACAUGUUGUCGUUUGCACCGCCGUCGCUGGAGCGGGACCUCGACUACCUUUUCGAGACGCUGUUUCAGUACUCGCCAGUCUACGUACAGCGCUUCCACAAGGUGCUGCGGUCGUCCAGCGCCGCGUGGACGCCGCUGGACGUGCUUGUCCUGCUGCAUGCGAUGCACGCGACCCAGCCGCUCUUCAAGCUCGCGAUUGCCAAGCCCGAGUCGGAGCACAAGCAACUCCAGAACACGCUGCAACGGCACUUGGAGGCGACCUUGGUCCUCGACCUUCGCCCGCUGCUGCGCUUCUCAAAGCACUGGAAAGCGCUCGUGCUGCUGGACGCUGCUGUGUCGUGGCUGCCGACGUCGGCCGUGAUCGCGCACCACACGUUUCUCGUCGUCUUCACCGACGUGCCCGAGCUCCGCACCGAGGUCGUCAAUGUGCUCCUCUCUUCGAUCCAUGCAACGGACCAAGCGCUGCAUGUUCUUGAGACACUCGCGAAAGACCAGACGCAGCUGCUCGCGAUGUGCGCGCCCCAACUCCAAGACCGGCUGGCCCACCUCUUUUCGACGUCGGUGCCCUGCGGCACGCGCCUGCUCCGUGCCCUUCUUCCGCUGACAGCCUCAUCGGCGUUUGAGAGCUUUGUGAUGAUCUUCCUUCGCAAGCAGCUCGUGGCGCCCGUGCUCGCCAACCAAAUGGCAGCCAUUUCCCUGUGGUGCGACCUCUUGCAGCGGCCGACGCUCUCGCCGCGGCAGCAAGAAGACAUCUUUACGUGCUUCCACGACGUGCUUCACAUGCAAAGCGCAGAGCUCAAGCGACAUCUGCUCGAACGACUCCCCGCGCUCCUUGCGACCACGUCGGUGGCGCCACCGGCUCACAUCGAGGCAGCGUGUCGGCGGAAUCUGCGCUACUUUGUCGACUUUACACCGCCCAGUACGCUCUCACUGCAGAGCGUUGUCGAUGCCGACGCGGCACCGGUCUUUGCGCUCUUGCUCGACGUGCUGCCGCUGCGCACUGCAUCGCCUACUUGA